GAUGGAGUAGGUGCUAAAAUAGCUGAGAAGAUAGAUGAGUUCUUAUCCACUGGAAAACUACGCAAAUUGGAAAAGAUCCGACAAGAUGAUACAAGUGCAUCUAUCGGCCUCCUGACACGAGUUACUGGCAUUGGUCCUGCUGCUGCUAGGAAGUUUGUUGAGGAAGGAAUUAAGACUUUAGAAGAUCUAAGAAAAAAUGAGCACAAGCUGACCCAUCACCAGCGAAUUGGGUUGAAAUAUUUUGAAGAUUUUGAGAAAAGAAUCCCGAGGGAAGAAAUGCUGCAAAUGCAGGAAAUUGUGCUGAAAGAGGUAAAGAAGCUGGACCCAAGCUAUAUUGCUACAGUCUGUGGCAGUUUUAGAAGAGGCGCAGAGUCAAGUGGCGAUAUGGAUGUUCUCCUGACCCAUCCGAGUUUCACAUCUGAAUCAUCCAAACAGUCAAAACUUCUGCGUCAAGUUGUAGAACAACUGGAAAAGGUCCACUUUGUCACAGAUGUGCUGUCUAAAGGUGACACCAAAUUCAUGGGUGUCUGUCAGCUGCCAGAUAAAGAAGAUGGAACAGCCUAUCCACAUAGGAGAAUUGAUAUUCGGCUUAUCCCCAAAGAUCAGUAUUACUGUGGUGUACUGUAUUUCACAGGAAGUGAUAUAUUCAAUAAGAACAUGAGAACUCAUGCUCUGGAAAUGGGCUUCACGAUCAAUGAGUAUACAAUUCGUCCCUUGGGUGUCACUGGAGUUGCUGGGGAGGCCCUACCAGUAGAAUGUGAAAAAGACAUCUUUGACUAUAUCCAGUGGAAAUAUCGAGAGCCAAAGGAUCGGAGUGAAUAACUGCUUCUCUAGGUUUGUAACCUAGAGAUAUGUUUUCAUAUCUUCUUAUGAACAUACGAAGUGCAUAUAAUUUCUUUGGAUGUUAUUGCAACAAGCGUACAUUACUGAUGUUUAAAGCAAGUCCAUGGCACUAGCACAGAAAGUGUAGUGAAGAUUAAAUCCUGUAAGAUCUCAUUUUGUU